AUGAAGCUUAAAAAACGAGAGAAAGAAAAGAAAAUCAUUGAAGAAAUUGAUAAAAAAGAUUGGGUUCCUCAAAGAACUGAUGUUUUAGAUGUAAUUACUGAAGUUAACCAAGCAAAAGCAUCAGCAGAUCCAAAUAAACCAACUGACGAAAUGUGUGGAGCAAAAGAUUUAUUAGAGUAUUUGUAUGCAAAAAAUUUUGCACCAUUUGAAAUUGAUGAAAGAGGUAUUCCUGAUCCAACAAAAAUUGUUAAACCAUAUAAAAGAAGUACAGGAGCAAAUAUUGAACAACCAUGUGAUUAUAGAACAGAAGAAGCAUUAGUUGAUUCAAUGAUGUUUUUAUUAAAUAUUAUGGAUAAUAAACAAUAUGAUAAUAUUUCUAUUGAUGAAAAAUUUAUUUAUGUUUCAGAUAGAAUAAGAGCUAUUCAUACAGAUAUUAUUCAUCAACAAUAUGUUUCAUCAUUAAUUUUUGAUAUCUCACAUGCUGCAAUUAUGUUUUAUUCAUUUUAUUCAUUUCAAAUAAAUUGUGAUAAUUAUGACUUUGCAAAAGAACAAUUAAAACAAUGGAUUUUAACAUUAAAACAUUUAUAUGAACAUGUAGAUUCUAUUAUGAAUGAAGAAGAAGUUAAUGAAAUAUUAGAAAGAGAACAAUAUGAUGAAAUGGAACGUGUAUUAUUAUUAAGUCCUCUUCAACGAAGUGAAAUUAUAAAUGAAGAAAAUUCAGAAAUGCUUAUUGAAUCUUUUAGAGUUGCUGAUGCUCUUGAAAAGAUGGAAUAUGGAAAAUUAAAAAAAAUUAUUGACAGUGUAUUUCCUGUUUCAUUAGAAUCAAUUGUAUUUCAUGCAUUGUUUAGAAUGAGACUUAUUGAUAUGAGACAUAGAGUUCUUUCUAGUUGGGCUGGGGUAAUGCAAUUACCAAUUCCAGUAUCAUAUGUUGUUGAUGCAUUAAUGUAUGAUGACGAAGAAGAAUGUAUUGCUGACUUAAUUUCAUGUGGAUUAGAAGUAAAAGAAGAUAAAACGUUUUUAGCAAAGAAAUUUGAUUUAAGAGACUGUAAAAGAAUUCCAAGAAAUAUUAGUAAGAAAACACUUAAUCAAAUCAUUAAAGAUAAAGAAAAAGAAUGUGGAGAUAUGCCUUGGAGUGAAGUUUUCUUUGGAGAAGAAGAGGAUGAGAGUUAUGAAGAAGAUAAAUAA